AUGGAACGAAGCGCCGCCGCCGAUUACUCAGGUUUGCCUUCGCCAUAUCCUAGCAACUUUGGCGACUCGCGGUCUGAAGCUUCAUUAUCAGAUCCGUCGUCUGCUCAGCAGUACACGUCGCAGUCCGAGGUGCGCCCCAGUGGCUACUCCACCACGGCUACUCCCACGUCCGAGUAUAGUGGUUACCCUGCCUCGGCGCGGUCAGGGUCUUUUCCAGAGCAUCAUCUCCAGCGCGCAUACCACCCAUCAGGUGUUGGUGGCUCCAACCCUAGCAUAGCAGCUCCGAGCCCUACGCAGUACGCGUACCCACCACAGAGCCCUUACGGUCAGCCUCCACAAGACAUGGCUCAUGGGUACGGGCACCACAAUGUCUACGCGCAGCCACGACCAGAUUGGACUGGGUACGGACAACCCGGCGCGCCCAUUACGCCGGGUCAUCACGUCUUCCCACAGACUCCGACCAGUGCCUCCACCAGACCGAAUCAGGUCUACAGCUUCGUGCCUAUUCCUGGCGCACAGCAGCACAAGCGACCCAGAAGACGUUAUGAGGAGAUUGAACGAAUGUACAAGUGUGGAUGGAACGGCUGCGAGAAGGCAUACGGCACACUUAACCACCUGAAUGCUCACGUUACCAUGCAAUCACACGGUCAGAAACGAAUCCCCGAAGAGUUUAAGGAAAUCCGCAAGGAAUGGAAGGCGCGCAAGAAGGCCGAAGAGGCAGAGCGCAAGGCUCGCGAGGAGGAGCAGCAACGGACGGCGCAAGCCCAGGCGCAGAAUGACCCUCAGGGUGGGCACGACGGCCAGCAGCCCACUCAAGCUUAUGGAGGCGCUCGUCUGCCGCCCAUUGGAUAUCAACCGACACAGUAUCCGGCCCCGCCGUCCGUGUCACUCCCUGCCGACUACAGCAGCAAUUACAUCGCUGCUGGCGGCUAUAACCCGACGUCGCCUUACCAGCAGUCUCACCAACAGGUCUAUGGUCAACCGAAUGGUGGUCAGUCUAACCACUGA